UUGCGCUUCAAAUUUUAUCAAUUAUAGAACGUUCGUUCUCAGUCUUAACAAAGAACUAUUUUUAGAAAUUUUUUAAUCGAAAUAUUUGCGUUUCGACGUCUAUCCUUCUACUUUGAAGCACUCAAAACCAAUUAUCGCACUAACACACGUCACAAAAGCCAUUCCUGAUUUGAGGAUUUCUCAAAAUGUUGUUUAAAAACACUGUAACGGAGUCAACAGUGGAUAAAAUAAUUUAAUUAAUGAUAAUUAAUAAAUAAUAAAAUAAUCAAUGAACAUUAAAAUUUCUUCAACAAUAAAAAUUAAUCGUGCAAGAAUUGUUUGGUUUUGCAUGAAAAGAUCACACAAUUUGGAGCUGCCUCGUGCAGUCUCUGAAUUGAAAAUAUAUUUUUUGAAACAAGCCACCGAGCUCUGUGCAGAUAUUUUUUGUUAUGGCACAUAGUUCAUGCUGAUCGCGCCUUAAAUAAUCACAGAAUUUCAAGAAAUUUCCAAUCAAUGGCUUCGCUAUUAGGGAUUCUGUUGCUCGGAUUAUUCGGGAGUACACUGGGAUUGGUGAAAUUCCAACCCGAAGCUGUUCAUCUUUCUUAUGGAGAAAAUCCUCACGAUCUCGUUGUAACAUGGAGCACACGGGACAACACAAACGAAUCCAUAGUCGAAUAUGGUAUCGGAGGGCUCAAGUUCGCAGCAAAAGGGACAAGACAGUUAUUCGUCGAUGGAGGAAAACAGAAACGAAAACAGUAUUUUCACAGAGCUGUACUGAAAAAUUUGAAGCCCAAUAGUAAAUACGUUUAUCAUUGCGGAAGCAGCCUGGGCUGGUCCGACAUGUUCUACGUUCAAACUACACCGGAUGAUUCAGCCGACUGGUCUCCUCAUCUCGCGAUUUUUGGCGACAUGGGCAACGAAAACGCCCAAAGUCUUGCCAGACUCCAGGAAGAGACGCAACGUGGCUUCUACGACGCUAUUAUUCACGUUGGCGAUUUCGCUUAUGACAUGAACUCUGAUAACGCCCGAGUCGGCGACGAAUUCAUGAAACAAAUCGAAGGAGUCGCUGCUUACCUUCCCUACAUGACGGUCCCUGGAAACCAUGAGGAAGCCUAUAAUUUCAGUAAUUAUAGAGCUCGAUUUUCGAUGCCUGGUGAUUCCGAGGGUUUGUGGUACAGUUUCAAUCUAGGACCAAUCCAUUUCGUGGCGAUCGAGACCGAAGCUUAUUAUUUCAUGAAUUAUGGAAUUAAGCAGGUUAUCAAGCAGUUUGAUUGGUUGGAGAAAGACUUGGCCGAGGCUAACAGGCCAGAAGUGAGGGCAAAGCGGCCGUGGAUCGUGACUUUUGGUCAUCGCCCGAUGUAUUGCAGCGACAAAAAUGCCGACGAUUGUACAAACCACGAAUCCCUCGUCAGAGUUGGUUUGCCUCUCUUGCAUUGGUUCGGUCUCGAAGAUCUUUUUUACAAAUAUCGUGUCGAUCUCGAGAUAUGGGCUCACGAGCACAGUUACGAGCGUAUGUGGCCACUGUAUAAUUUCAAGGUUUACAACGGAAGCAAAAAUGAGCCUUACACGGAUUACCGAGCGCCGGUCCACGUGGUCACGGGAUCGGCGGGUUGCAAAGAAGGAGUCGACGAUUUCGUCCGUCCAAGUCCGGAGUGGUCGGCAUAUCGGAGUUCCGAUUACGGAUACACGAGGAUGAAGGCAUACAACAAAACGCAUCUUUACCUCGAGCAGGUUUCGGACGACAAGAAAGGCGCAGUAAUCGACAAAAUGUGGCUGGUCAAACACUCUCCCAUGCCGAAUUACUCCCAUGCCAAACUCCACAGAAAAGAUUGAAAAUACUCGUCACAAAAUUUCUAUACAUUUUUAACAAUUGAAUCAAAAUUAUUGGCAAAAUUUAUUUUCCAUGACAACGAUUUGAAUUGUAGAAUACUGUACGAAAAUAAAGAGAAUGAGAAAAAAAAAUUCAUUUUAUGUUAUCGAAUGAA